AAGAAAAUGGGAUGCUGUUGUUUCCAUGGCCUCCUCUGCACCCAGCCAACAAGUAGAGAAUGAUCUCUUGCUCAGAGCCUUUGAGAUCUACAUCUUCACCAUGGCCCAGAUCCUCCGGCGACCCAUUGUUGUUCUAGCUGAGAACGUGCCCCUCAGUGAUGGAGGUCCCUCAUUGAGCGGCAUCUACCUGCCACUACAAUGGCCAGCAGAAGAGUGUGUGAAGAACCCCAUCAUGCUUGCCUAUCACAGUGGCCAGUUCUUCCCACUGCUCUCUACCCUAGCUCCACAGCAGGCCACAUCUCCUGUCCCCAUUGAUGCAGUUCCACUGAUAAGGCAGAAUGGAGAAAGUCUUCCAGUGCAUCUACUGCUACCGGAGGAAGCUGGCCAUGUCCAGGAGUACCUAAACCAGCGCAUUGAUACCGUCCAGGUCCAAGAUCACCAUGACAAUCGCCUAGUAGGAGCAAGGCUGGGCAUCCUAACACCUCCUGAUGAGUUGAACCUCUUUUUGGACAUCUUCCAGCAGACUGGGGGAAGGUCAAAUCCCGCAGAAGCCAGAGAAUCAUCCCCUGGGCCUGCUGCUUUCGAGAACAGGAAUGGAGGGGCUGACCAGAGCAUAUCUGUCUCCUGCACCCAAGGAGCAGAUGGUCUGACAUCUCGUGGCGCAGACCUCGAUCAGCAGAUGCUCAGAAUGUCCAUUCAGAAGGAAGUUGUGAGCCAUGGUAACAGUCACUCUCAUGUCUCACAGGUUCCAUUGGCGGAACGGGCAAUGACAUCCACAGCAAACCCAUGUACCACUGAUGGCAAUCAACACAGCCCUGGCAUUGUGCAAGUUCACAACAUGCCUCCUGCAAGUCAGCAAAGCAUCCACACCAGUCACAGCACCAACCAAGAUGAAGGUAACAACCACAAGACAACCUCAAGCAAGCUGGGAGAAUGGCAACAAAACAACGUCUUACCAAGGGAUGUGUCAGCCACAGCAGAAGGCAACCCAGAUGGAAAUCAUGCCUCAAGAGCCAAUAGUAGGUCCUCAAGAAUGGCCUGUGACAACACAGUACAGUGGGAUGCAACUGGAGCCAAACCAAAACAGUAUUCAUCCAGAUCUAGGGAUGGAUCAAAGAAGUUUGGAAAUCCUCCUGCUCGUGACAAGUCCAUCUGCAAAAUGGAAGGGUGUGGUGGAAUCGCAGAGCCCCGUCUUGGUGGCAUCUGCAGGGACUGCAACACCAAGAAGACCCAGAAAGAAAGGGAAAAGAGAAACAAAAAGAGACUUUCCAUUGAAAAUCCCUCAGCAGAAGGGCCCGCAUCCCAGUACAGAGAGGCCAGAAAAACCUCAAGAUCAGCUGGUCAAGAAAGAGAACAGCAGACACAGUCAGGCCAGAGGUCGGUUUCAUCAGCUCCAACAAGCAAGAACUCAUCAUUAGCUAAAGCGAUCAAAGAACGAAAGUCAAUGCAGCCAGUGAACACACCAACUUCAACAGCAAACACAAGUUGCAGAUCAUCAGCAACUGACGAUGGCACAUUGAUGAGGCCAGAAGUGCUUGGGCUGCAGACUACACCUAAGCCAGAAGUGCCUCAGUCCAAUGAUGCUGGAAGUCGCCCUGAGACUACAUUCCUACCUAACAGUGGACCUCCCAGUUCUAUCAUCUAUGCAAGUUCAAGUGGCCAAUCAUCAGCGACAAGCACCCAUGGCACUGACCCAAGUGUCAAUCAAAUGAUACUGAAUGGAAGAAAUCACCAUGCUGUAAAUCAGUCGACCAAUGAUAAAUCUACGUCCAGCACGCAGCACAAUGCAGAUGGACCCCUUGGACCUCCUUCGCACUAUUCUAGGACCACUGCACAACAUUCUGCUGACGGUGCUGUCCCAGAGAAUCGUAACUCCAUCCCAGCAGAUAAAAAGUGUUCAGCUCCAAACUGUGACAGACAGGUGAACAAGGACAUGAAUGGCUCUCUCUGUGGAGUGUGCCACCAGGUCCUUGGGCAAUUCAACCAGAUGUCUCUUCCCAAUAGUGGCACACUCAUCUUGGGACCAGGAAACACUAUUUCUGCAACUACAAGACCAAUAUCAAUUGGUGCAGCUGCAACAAUGACUACAAACCAGCACCCUGCCAUGGCUUCAGUUGUCAACCCACCCAUGAGGAACCAACAAGCUGUGCACACAGCAUCUGAACUGCCAUCCGCACAUCAAUAUCCACGAUCCUUGCUGCAGCAACGGGGCACAGGCCACCACCAGACUGUACCAUCACCAGGCCAGUCCACAGAGCAGUUAGCUACCCAGCCUUUAGUCACUGGGGGUUGCAGAUAUACAGAUGAGAUGAGUGCUUUGGCUUCCAACAGCUUUGAUGCAUCUCGUAACAUCUCACUGCAUACAGAUCCUGAGCCCUGUAGUCAGCCUGCAUCAAUGCCCCAAUCCAUUUCUUGUACUAAUUAUAAUUACUAUAACUUUGAACGUGGAUCUGUUCAAACUUUCAUCAAUAAUCCAUCACCCGCAAGAACACGAGCACGAGGGUCACCCUCCCCGCAAAAUGGCCAAACUCCACUUUUGAGGAAUAGCCCCUCUCCACCUUUACCUGCAAGACAGGGUCCCUCCACACAUACAAUGUAUGGCCAAUCCCCAAGGAAUGGUCCUCCCCCAACCCCAAGCUAUGGGUUUCCUCAGGGCCAAGGGUACCGGCAAGCCCCUAGAACCCAGUGGAACAAUCUUUCUGCAUGCUCAAAUGAAACAAAACCAUUUACUCAACAUCCCAUGCAAGACCCGGCCCUGCAUUCAAAUUCUAUUGGCCCACGAAAUACCCCUUCUCCUUCCGUGCCUAUUUUCAGAUGUAACAUGCGCGACUGCAACCAAAAAGGUGACCCCGCAUAUAGUGGGUUGUGCCCACAAUGCUUUGACUUUAUCCAAAGGAAUAGGAAAUGCUAACUCUCCACUUUCUGGCGACUCCAUUCCAAAGAUAUUACUACUUUGGCUCAAAAAUCACUAUAUUGAGGUUUGGACAUAAACUCUGCCAUCAUCUACAAGUCAUGUAGACUUGUCAAGUACUAACAAAAAAUUAACAUACAAUUUUGUGUAUGAUAAUUUUAUCAGGGACCACUUUGCGAAGAAAAGGAAUAUCUAGAUAAGUCUAUUAUAAUAUGACUAGAUAAUCAAGAAGUGCUGAACAGGACGUAUCUUUUGUAAUAAGAUACAUCUGUCUGUGUAAAUUUAUUUUUGAUGAAGAGCUUGUAUUUUCCUAACAUUUAGUAAAAGCGUAGAUAUACUUUUGAGAGGAAGCUGUAUUGUCAGGUGUAGACUAAGUGUUAUGAGAGAAACUGCAAAAGUUUUCCUCUUUUUGAUUGUUCUGCAUAACCAAAACAAAGAAGAAGAAGAUAAUUGUCAACUGCCUUAGGCUUAAUACACCAGUUUUGUACAAUUUAAGUACAAGCUGCA